AUGAUUCGCCUUGUCAGUUUCGCUGUUUUUCUUCUUGUCAGCGUAGAUGCUCUGACCAAGUUCCAUUUCAAUGGCCAGCUUUUCUGUAAUCUUCCAAAAUUCCAAUACAAAAUGAUUAUUUACGAGUGGGACAAGUACAAUGGCGACGAUCCAAUUUCCCACAUGGCUCCCGUUCAAUCCCAUGCUCCACACACGUACAGAGCUGAAGCCCAAGAUACAAAUGACGGACCCUUUGAUAAAGAAUUCGAGAUUUAUAUGAUCAUGGUUCACUCUUGCUCUAAUGAUGGGAAAAAUCGAGAGCUUAGAGUUGAUCUUGGACAUUAUCCGGUCAAGCCAGGAGACGUAACGAGAACUGUCAACAUUAACAUACACAAUGUGGGGAAGCUGACGAGUGAAAAAAUUGGGAAGAGACGGUUUUAUGAUGGACGUGAUGUACAUGAAGUCUAUGAGCAACAAUUCUAUUGAAUUUUACAAUAAUCUAAUAAACUUAUCCACUGUA